AUGGAUAUUCUUUAUAAUCUGUGCUAUUAUUCUGAGUGAAACCCUGAGAAAUCACGAAUAUUUAGCUCAAAUUGGUUUGUGAUGACAAAAGGUUAUAGUCAUCGAGAAUUGGUUGGUGGAAUUGAAGGGCCAAGCAAUACCCCAUACGAAGGAGGAAUAUUUUAUUUCUCAAUUAGACUUGGCUGGGAAUACGAAACCCCAGAAUUUAUGUUUCUCAGUCAAAUCAUUCAUCCAAAUAUAGAUAUUGAUGGAAAAUUACUAAUUAAAAUCCCAUAUCUAAACGGGCUAAAAGGUUUGCUGGACUGAGUAGUAAAUUUAUUGAAAAACUCUCAAUGGAAAGAGUCGGAACACCCUAGAAACCUUGAAUUAUAUACAAAAGACCCAGAAGCAUAUUAUGUCUAUGCAAAACAAGCAACAAUGAAAUACGCCAAUUAA